AUGGUAUCCCUGCGGCGGGCUAUCACAGCCACUAGCUCGGCGACGAUCCGGCUCUCAACAUUCGUCUUUCUGAGAUGGAUACCCGGACACCAUUUUGUACCCAUUGUAUUAUCUUCAUUGGUUGUCUAUCUGUCAUCAUUGUUCUUGUUCAAUGAUCAACCCAUCGACCGUGCCAAGAACACCAAGGGCUCUAGGACAAAAAGCGCAAAAACAGAGAAAUCUUCAUCCGGCAGUUCCGCGCUUAAGACCCUAUUGACCGGAGUUCCUUCCAAGCGGUCAUCACUUUGGACAUGGAUAACAGCGCUGAUCAAUGUCUUUUUGGCUUUACUAGCAUUUGACUUCUUAUUGAGAGGCUUUCUAGUCUAUUCAGCCGCUGAUGUGGCAUUUUCACGCAUUGGAUAUGUUUCACCAACGACGGCAAACUUGCUCUUCCGUGAGCCAAAUACAGCCCAUCUACCAGUGGUUGUAUCAUAUCAAGAAGUCUCAGCCGACUCCGAAUGGAUCGAAGAAGGGACCCACCGACUAUACCACAACUGUGACUCUGAAGCAGCUCAAGCCUUCAACCCAGUACAGAUACUCGCUGUCCAACAACAAGACUGGCACUUUUUUCACUUCCCCCAGCCUGGGUCCUUGGAGGCAAAUAGACUCACAUUUGCCACAACGAGCUGUUUAAAGCCAAACUUCCCAUACGACCUCUUCUCACAUCCCUUGCGGGUUCAUGGAAUUGAGCAGAUGACAGAAGUCUUUGGGAAGCUACCAGCACUCCUCCGACCAGCAUUCAUGCUAUUCCUCGGAGAUUUCAUCUACAUCGAUGUUCCUUUCCGCUUCGGGUCUUCCUUGGAUCAUUAUCGCAGCGAAUAUAGACGCAUAUACUCGUCUCCAUCGUGGAUGGCCAAGGCAGCAGGCGGCACAGCCAUUGACCUACCCUGGAUCCAUACUUUAGAUGACCACGAGAUUGAGAAUGACUGGUCAAAGGGCAACAAGACUGCGCCAUAUCCAGCUGCCGCUGACCCAUUCAUUCACUAUCAUGUGAGCGCGAACCCCCCAGUUCCCGCAAAUUCAUAUGCGGACCCAGACGACGUUACAUACUUCUCGUUCGUAAACGGUCCAGCCUCGUUCUUCAUGCUAGACACAAGGACCUACCGCUCCGAGCCAUCUCAAAAAGAUUCCUCUAUCCUCGGAUACGCACAGCUGCAGUCUCUCUUAACAUACCUCGCAACCCCAGAGCCAGAAGGCGUACGUUGGAAGUUCAUUGCAUCUAGCGUCCCCUUCACUAAGAACUGGCGUGUCGGUACCAAAGACACAUGGGGUGGCUUCCUGAACGAACGCCGCACAGUCUUCGAAGCAAUGUGGCGCGCCGAGCGAGAGCUAGGUGUUCGUAUCGUCCUACUCAGCGGUGACAGGCACGAGUUCGCCGCAUCGCGCUUCCCAGACCCCUCAAUUGCUCUGUCGAAGAAUGAGUUCCAGCCCAAUACUGCCGGACAUGGUCUGCAUGAAUUCAGUGUUGGUCCUCUGAGCAUGUUCUACCUCCCCAUUCGAACAUAUCAUCAAACAGACAGCGAGGACGUGGCGGUGAAAUACGCCCCAGAUGGAAAUAGCAAGUUUGGGCUGAUUGAGAUUGUCGACGGCGUUGAUGAUGAUCACUCUCGUAGUUCUCUGCUUACUUAUUCGCUCUAUGUGGAUGGUGAAGCCGUCUGGCAGUAUCGUUUGAGUGUUCCAAUUGAAGCUGCUGCUAACUCCGCUAAGCAUUACUUGCCGCCAGGUCGUGUUCUUGAGGAUAAGCUGUCUAGUCAGGGCUGGAACCUUGUGUUCGAGAGUGAAGUUGCAAACCAGGUAGUGAAUAAGGUCACGAACUGGUAUUAUGACGUUCUGGACAGAGUUACUGGGGUGGUUGAUUAA